AUGACCAACAUGGAAACCGGCAUGCUGGACGUGGGGACCCAUUGCGCAUUCUGCAGACAACUAGACUUCCUGCCGUUCCAUUGCAAGCACUGCGACGGCGAUUUUUGCGGGACCCACAGGACCCCUCAAACACAUCGAUGCAAGAAAUGGCGAGAAAGCGACCAGGAACAGGACGAAGACCGCGAACCAGGAAAAGCUCCCACCAACAGUAACGGCAAGUAUUUUGCGUCUCUGCUGCCCGAAAAAGGUCACGUACGAGUGCAGCAAGCCUCACAACCGAAGCCGCAGGCUCCUCUGGCCAAUCUCAGCGUCCGCGACCGUCUCGAGGCCGCAGGACAGGGCAGUGCGCUCGCAAAGCUCAAGUCGUUUUUUGGACGUCGAACUGCCAAGUCGCAGUCCACUUCCCGAAGAUCCGCGAAAUCUGGACCUGCCCAAAGGCUCAUUGAAAUCGCCCAGCUCAAAAAGACUGCCAAGGGCGAUCCCAACAUCCCUCUACCCAACCGGGUCUACGUCUACUGUUACGUGGUCGAGUCCCGCGACGAGAAUCUACGGCACGAGCUCUUUGUGAACAAACUCUGGCCCGUUGGCCGUGCUCUUGACUCCAUAGCUCAUCUGCUUGAUGUGCCCAACAAAAAUGCCCAAGAUCUGUCAUCCACCGGUGACAAAUUAUUUCUCUACCGCGAUAACAAUGGCAUGCCGCAUCCGUUGGAUCCGUCUAGCAGGGUUGUAUCCGCUAUCAAUGAUGUUGACGUGUUGUUCUUGGUACGUGGCCAGCAGUUUCCCAAAUCUUCCAUCGCUAGCUCGGUAUAA